UCUUCAAUUGUUGUUCGUCAUAGAACAGUUCCAAGCUGGCUAUCGAGUGUUGACACCGCUCCAACUUUAACAAUCGUUCCAAAAAGCUUCCAAUUGUCCCUUUUCAACCUCUCACCCUAAUAUUCCUCAUAAUCUUCGAGAUAUCUACUCCCACAUGGAUUCGUAUUAUGACCAACGACAGUGAAUCCCUGCUGCUGCUUUUUUGAACUUGUUCAAAUUUAUCCAACAUUUACGGAGUACUCCGUACAUAGUAUCAUUUUAUUCUCCUCUUUGAACUUGGUGCUCCCUCCCUUUUUUUCUUUUUUAUUUUUAAUUCUAAUAUCAGCGGAUCGUGUGCGACCGUACCUUUUCCACCACACCCCCCCUUUACAUUCCCAUCUCCCUUUUCUUUUUUUUUUUUUUUUUCCCCUUUGGGGGGCGCCGGUUUGCGCUUUACGUUCACUGGCUACUCGUCUUCAUCACAAUUUGUGAUUGUCGCUCCUUUGAUAGACGGUAAAUUAGAUUUCCCGUCAGCCCACCACGGCGAAGAAUUCGCCCAUCGAUUUGCCCUAGGCGCAGUCCCAGGAAUUUCGUUCGCUUUAUCGCUCAACAGACCAGCCCUUUCGCAGCGAAGUAUCUUUCUAUAUUUUUAUUCUUUUUGCAUGGCAUAUUUUUUAGUCCUGAAGGUUUGAUCGGAGAGGACAGGUCCUCUUGCAUUUUCUCUGUUGGAUCCCAGCAGCCGUAGUCUUCUCAGCGAGAGUCUUUCCCUUCAAAAUUUAUUUCCCUGCUCGAUUGCACGCUUGGAUCGGUCCUUGGAAAGUCGCAAAGGAUCGAUACGCUUCCCCUUCUCAGAUCACCUUUGGGGGGAAAAAAGGCACCCUCUCGCCUCGGUCAAAUACAUAGCAAGGAAUGCUUGGAAUAUUCACUCUGUUGCAUUCGAGGGACUAUUAGCGAUUAGUCCGUUAAGGGUGCAUUGCACGCUGCGACUAUGAAUCGGUUUCGCACAAAGAAGAAACACAGGGAGGAUGGAGACUCCGAGGCGCUUACACUUCCCUCUUUCACCGGAAAGCCAUUUAGGAAAAAGAAGAACCAAAUCGAGUCGAAAUCGGAAAUUGAUCUUUCUACAGCCCUACCCUCUGCAGAUGACUUUCGGACGAGUCUUUUGAUGCCUAACUUAUCGGCUCGAUUUAGCAUGCUUCGAGAACAAGAUGACCCAACAACAAAGAUUGGAAAGGCGAACGACGACAGUGUACUUUUUCCAAGAAGAGUCUCAAGGCUCAAUUUGUUCCAGCAUAACCCCCUCACGGACAUAGCUGAAGUUUCCUCGCUCAGUGGUUCGGCAAGACCAUCCCUCAAUUUGGCCCGUACCUCCUACACGUCGGGUGAAGCCACCACUCCUUCCGAGGAGGACCAUCCGAAUAGUGUCCUGAGCAGGCCUAGGCCUGUUGAAGGAAACAAUCUGUUUGGAGGACGCCAGAAGGUUUAUAAGAUUCCCGUCAAGAACAGCUCAACUGGCGACUCUGACUCGAUGGAGAGGGGAUCAAGCGGAAGUAUGGGCGGCAAGGCGAUCUAUGAGAACGAUAUGCCUAUGUCAACGUUUCAGAAGAUCAAAGAGAAGGAACGAAUGGAAAGAGAGGAGAGUCCGGACCUGCACGGAGUCGCCAAGCAGCUCGAGGACGAAAUUUUAUCACAAUUACCAGGCGAGCAUGGUACGCCUCCACCAAAUGCCAACGAUUCUCAGGCACUUCCCCCCGAACAUGGAUCGGCCUCUUCAACGCCAAUAAAGCACAACUUCCCUGGAUUAGAUAGAAGUGGAACCAAAACGCGACGCUUGUAUGGACAAGGCCUCGAGCUUCAGAAUCAACAAUCUUCGGCUCUGGAUAGGAUCGAAAGCUUAAGCAGGAGGCCCAAAGUCCCUGAUCCUACACAGAUAACCCGAUCGCUCUCCAAAAGUGCUGCUAACUUGAAUGAGAAAUACCAAAAGCUCUCCCCAGUUUAUGCUUCGUCCAAUUUUCGCCCAAAUAGCCCCCCUCUGUCCGCGUCCUCUAUUUCAGGGAACGAAUUAAGCAGGAAGGCCGGCCCUGCGAGUGGUGCUGGUUCUGGCCAAGGGUACCCAGGCGUUGCUCCCUUAAGCCCACCUUUGAGUGAAAGUGGAGAGGUGUCGCCCCUUGCGGCCGCCCUUCAGCCAGAAGAUAGAGGCAAGGCCACGGCUGCAGGCCUAUUCAAUAAGCCAUCGCAUAAAUAUGAUGAAUCUCAAUUUCAGCAGCGCCAAGUUCAGAUGUUCGAAGGCAGAAAUACUUCUCCCUUCCGGCGUCCUUCACCGUCUUGUGGAGGCUCCGAGGUCGAAAGAGGAGGGCGGUCGCGAGGUUUGUCGACGACCAGCUAUCGUUCCAGGGCCGAGUCAGCAGCUUCGGCAUAUGGCGGUUCUCAAGAUGGACGUCCACCCCGUUCUACCCCUAGCCUUCGAAGGGCUUCGCCGCCUCGGAUGGGAAAUGGAACGUUUCUGGCGAACUUCAGUGAAAGCGAAGCGGGUAGUGAUGCUGAAGCAGAGGUUUGCCCAAAGUCGAAUGUUGUGUCUUCUGCUCCAAAGUUGGAUGGUACUCAUGCAAGCUUAAGGAGCAGUACCGCAUCGAGUGACUCUGCGAUGUACAGUCAACCUAGCAGGUCCUAUUCGACCCAAUCUGAGCUCAAGCGUUCGGAAUCUCGUGACCUUAAGACUAUAAAUGAAAUUGAAACAGCGGACCCUUCGCUUUCAUUAGGCGGCGGGGAGGAGGUCAAAAAGUCAAGAGAUUCGCCAACUCUAGGACCAUCAGAAACUGGGGGCCUAAGUGGCCUAAUUCGGAUGCAUUUGAGGCAUGACAGCGAUAAAUCCUCCAUAUUUCCUCCUCCUUCUCCAGGGUUGCCUCCUAGUUCUUUCGAUAACCAUCGCGCCCAUAAUCCCUCUCUACAAGCCGCCAGAGAAUCAAGCCACUCUGCGAGCAUUCACAGUAAUCCCUGGGAACUAGAUGAUUGGGGAAAACCGUCACAAACCCCCGAAAGAUCAAACCAUUCUCCUCCGCGUUUGUCACAACACCCUGAUCAACAGCCCUCCCAACAACAGGGAGGCUUUUCAAUGAUGUCUCUGCGAGCUAAGCAGAUGCUUGACCAGGCAAACGCUCUCAGCAAUCAAGGACACUCCCCAGACCCCGUCAUCAAAGGCACGGGUCACAGGUCCUCAGGGCCCCAAGCAUCGUGGCAGGAGGAGCUUCACCAAGGGCAUCGACGAGGUGGCAGUUCAGAGACACAAAUGGAGCGAGAGGAAUUGGCGCACGAGUUAGCUGAACGACGAAGGAGAGUCCAAGAGAAAUUGAAGAGCUUUGUGGAAACUGAAGGUAGUAGAUCGACUAGCCCAACCUCUGGAGGUUUCCGAGACAUUGGACCUGCAAAGCCUGGCAAUGCAUUCGCGAUGAUGAAGAACAAAUCCAGCCGAACCAACGGCAUGCAUGAUGUUCCCCACCCGAAACCGCUGAAAGUACUAGGCAUGGAAAGCACUGCUCAUAAUGCUUCUGCACCAAACCUCGUGUCCAAAGGCGAACCUUGGCCUGAUGAAGAGGAGAGGAUGCUUCGUGACUACGGGAGACAGCCUCGAAACUCAUCACCCCACAUCGGUCCCCGGCAUAGCAGACCACGUCAACCGCAAGCUCAACCUCCUUUCCGCGAGAGCCAGGAUGAAUCUAGAAAUACUUUCCGCGACGGACCAUCUGCACCUUGGAGGCACCCUCGGGAUGUAAGGGAUAGAUCAACAUCCGAUGCCUCCGGGCGAUCGAAGAGCCGCCCCAGGUAUCGGGAAGACUUGGACAAUUUUGGUAGAGGUGUGGACAGUCCGCAACACAGGUCCGCUGGGGAGGAAAACAAGCCUUAUCGAGGACCCCCUUCUGGACCUUCUUCGACACGGCCUUCGGCUGAAAACGAACGCCUCCCAUCCGAUAGGUCUGGAUCUUCGAUGGGAGGUCGGUUACGGAGCAAUAGUCGACCAGUGCCGCCUAGUUUUCCCGAUGCUCGAAUCCCACACCCUGUGCAGACAGGGCAGGCACUAGGGAUCGGCUCCUCUCCUCGGCCAUCACCAGUCACUCCUUACUCGGCCAAUGCAACUCCGCCUCUAUACGAAACCUCACCGCCGAAUAUUUCCAUGGCUGCCUCGAAUGCGUACGGUGGUGGCUCGGCACCGAACCAAAAUGCGCAAUGGAACCAAAGCCUGGGCGCUCACAAGAGAGUUAUUGAUAAAUCGCAGAUCUCUGAACCCAAAUUUGUCUCGAGUACUUCCAACGUCCCGACUGUCGGACUCCCUCCGGGUGCCAGCCUCAGCAACGGAAGCUCUACGCCCCCGGUUCCGCCCAUGAACCCCAGAAGACGUCGACCAACGGCGACCCAGACGAUCCUGGGCGCCUUCAAAGGUUCUUCUGACAGACUUGACGGGUCGACAAUGCCUGGAUCCUCAAGCAAGUUCCCAGAGGAACAGAGCACGUUCUCAGACGAGGACAAGCGGUCUCGACCACGCCAGCGGCUACGCAAGAUCUCAAGCGAAGGCGGGAAUCUCAACGCCAAAGCGCGCCAGCAGGCGAUGAUGGCGAAAUCGCCCGCGAUGCCCCAAGUGCCAGCCCAGGUUGGAGGUCCCAUGGAAGGAGAGAGGAGUUGUUGGAAGAAGGUUGGUUAA